AGUGGAGGAAUCACCGGGAAGAUGGUCUUAUCACUAUUUCGGAUGAUUCUGAUGAAGAAAUUGUAAUGUUGACAUCUUCACCAGUCCAAGAGCAGAUUGACGAUGAUGAUGAAGUUAUUGUCUUAGAGCCUCCAAGGCAGCUACCAAAUCGUCCAAGUAUCAUCAGGCCUGCAGCUCUGUGGAAAAGUGCCAAACCCAGUGACCAAGGAAGACAUGAAGACUUCCCAGCAGCAAUAAACAAGUCUGUAGCAAAUCACUUGCAUUUUUCUGACCGACGGACAUUACGAAGUAAUACUGAGAAAAAUGAGGGUCCAGCUAGAGAGGAGAAUGGGGACUUCAGCCCACCUUUGCCUAGUACAUCACAUGGAUUACAGGAACAACUAAAGCACAUGCAAGAAAAGAAGCUUCAUUCUUUGCAUCCAAAUGCAAAGAAAGAGUGUGAUGUUAUCACCUUGGAGGAAGUGGAGCAAGGCAAUUUGCACCAAAGAAAAAGGAUUAGGGAAACUACUGUAAAUCGGUUAGAAAGGGAACUUGAACCGAAUCUUCCAGAUGCUAACUGGGAAAGACAGCACUCUGAAAAUACUGUGGCAGGUGAUGAUGAUUUUGAACUAUUGGAUAAUGGUCAUUAUGCACCUCAGGGAAGGCAAGCUGAAUCGGAACAGCUUGACGCAGUUAGACCAGCUGAGUUUCCUCCUGUAGUAAUACGCCCGUUACAUGGCUCACCAGGUCCGCCUUUCUUUCCUCCCAUGGCACAUGCACCAGAACAGCCAAGAGGACAGGAUGUAUUGCAUAAUGAACAACCAGGUCCAGCCUUUCCAGGACAGGAGGUAGCUGAUGAUGGAGAGGCAGAUGCCAUUGAAGGAGCUUCUGCUGUAGACCAAGAACUUGUUAAUGCACUUCUAAAAGAAACUGUCGCAAGGUUCCCAGAUGUUGAAGAAAAGUUUGUUGCAGACCUCAUUCUGAACAGACGUUACACUGACUUAAAUUUGUAA